AUGAGCUCGCAUUACACACCCCCUCGUUGCUACUACGAGGUCUUGGGUGUCGCGAAGACCGCGACGGCAGACGAAAUCAAGAAAAGCUACAGGAAGCUGGCAAUCAGAUGGCACCCAGAUAAGAACAUAGACAAAAAGGAUGAAGCGACGGCGCGUUUCAAAGAGAUUUCCGAAGCCUACGAGGUCCUGUCUGAUCCCGAGAAGCGCCGGAGAUACGACCUUUCGGACGACUUCGGCGUGCACCGUUCUCGCGCGAGACGAACGAGCAGCAGAUACUCGGCGGCGCAAGCAGAGGCGGAGGCCGCUGCGGCCGCCGCAGAAUUCGAACGCUUCCACCGCAAUUUCCAUUUCGCCGAUGCCCAGCGUAUUUUCGAGAUGGCAUUCGGCCCGGGAGGACCGUUCGGUGAUGAUCUUUUCCACACGGUCAGCCAAGAUUUCGGCCUCGGCCCUUCUGGUUUGGCUCGCGCUGGGCAUUCCUCCAGGCACGGUGGUGCAAUGCGUCGUGGGCAUGGAAGCCUCUCCGCAAGCUUGUUUGGUGGAGACCCCUUCGCAGAUUUUUUCGGAGGGGAUCCGUUCGGCGGGAGCUUCGUGCACUCCUUUUCAAGCCCUGCCUUCGGUCCCUCCCACAUGAGCCGCAGCUCUUUUGUCUCGUCCAGCAGCUCCUCGCGAACUGGUCCAGGAGGCAUCAGCCGGUCGACGUCGACUUCAACUCGCAUCGUGAACGGGCGGCGGGUAACGGUUACAGAGGAGGUUGUGACCCAGCCAGAUGGUAAGUUUGCCCGUGCAAACGCACAGAGAAAUCCGCUACAGCGGAAGAACGACUUCAUUCUGCAGGUCUACUGUAAAUCUGGCGACAUCUGA